CCUGCACUUCAGCCUGAGGUCUGUACCCAGCCUGAUGCCUGUACCCAGCCUGAUGCCUGUACCCAGCCUGAUGCCUCUCUUCAGCCUGAUGCCUCUCUUCAGCCUGAUGCCUCCACUGACCUGAUGCCUGGUGACCCGAUGCCCGCUGUCGAGCCAGACGAUCCAAUGCCUGGUGACCCGGUGCCCACUGCCUUGCCAGAUGACGCGGUGCCCGCUGGCAAGCCAAAUGACCUGAUGCCUGGUGACCCAGUGCCCGCUGUCAUACCUGGUGACCCGAUGCCCGCUGUCGAGCCAGACAAUCCGGUACCUGAUGACCCGGUGCCCGCUGUCGUGCCAAUUGACUCAGAGCCCACUGUCGUGCAUGGUGACUUGGUGCCCACUGUCUUGCCAGAUGACGCGGUGCCCGCUGUUGAGCCAAAUGACCUGAAGCCUGGUGACCCGAUGCCCGCUGUCCAGCCAGACGAUCCAAUGUCUGACCCAGUGCCCGCGGGCAUACCAGUUGACUCGGAGCCCACUGCCUUGCCAGAUGACGCGGUGCCCGCUGUCGAGCCAAAUGACCUGAUGCCUGGUGACCCGAUGCCCGCUGUCCAGCCAGACGAUCCAAUGUCUGACCCAGUGCCCGCGGUCUCGGAGCCCACUGUCGUGCCUGGUGACCCGGUGCCUGUCGCUCCGCCUGGGGGCCCGGCGCUCGCC